AUUUAUGGACCGGAUGAAAAGAUUAUUCACUCUGGCGACAGGGAAUCAAAUGGAAAAUACACUUUUGCUGCUCAUAUGGAUGGAAAUUACAAGUAUUGCUUCAGCAACGCCAUGUCAACAAUGACACCCAAAGUUGUCGUGUUUUCCAUUGAUGUUGGAGAGAAACCAAUAGCUAUGGAAAAAUCAAAGGAUGGUACAGAGGAAGGAGAUGCAAAUCACAACCAGCUGACAAAAAUGAUCAACGAGCUGUCUUCCGGCCUGACAGGCAUCAAGCGAGAGCAGGAGUACAUGGAAGUGCGAGAGCGUAUACACAGAUCUAUCAAUGACAACACCAACUCAAGGGUAGUGUUGUGGUCUUUCUUCGAGGCUCUAGUCUUGGUGGCAAUGACGUUAGGACAAGUUUACUACCUAAAGCGUUUCUUCGAAGUGCGGCGAGUCGUGUGAAGUUCUGCUGUCUGUUGUAAUUUCCAUCUCAUUUUUGUUGUACGUUUAGCUCACUUUGUCAUCCUUAUGAAACGUUACAUGAAAUAUAAGGGUUUGGUUGCACUCAUGCAAUUGAUAAUGAAAAUAUUUUGAUAACACCUGCAAUAAGUAUGUUUAGGUGAACAGGUCUGAUCUCUUUGUGAAAUUUAACGCAUUUUUCUAGCCCCAAAUUAGUACAUUUCCAGUAUAAGAAAUUAAAAUACCUGAUGGGUCUCUGGAUUCCAGCACCGUUGAGUCAAGUAGUAACUUAUUGAAUAUGUUGUAUGCUUUUUUGUUUUGUUUAAAUGAUUUUCAUUGAGAUUGUUUUUACGAAAACAUUGUGGGAUAGACUUUAUUCUGAUUUUUUAUUUUUGCGUGUGUUUUAUUCCCCUUCCUUUAUCAUCUUUGCUUCACUACAGUUCCCCCUCUGUACUCUCUUAAAACAAUGCAUUCAUUUUUCCUCUUUCAAGUGCCUGAUGUAAUAUAAUGAGACUUUUGAAUGCCAUUUUAUUUUUUAGCAGCGUGCAAGGUUUUUUUGCAGACAGCCUUUUAGGACUAUUUUUAAAGUUAAGGAGUUUGGCCAAAAGUAAUGAUGUUAUUAUUUCUUUUCGCCCAACUGGUUCCUAUCUAAAUUUGGUUUGAAAAUGCUUAUGUUAUUCAACAACAUUGCUGUGGUGUAUUCACCUGGGGGAAAAUAGUUUCCUUUCAAGCUAAGAACAGCAGAAAAUGUUGGGGAAUUUUAGUAGUGACCAAUCAGUAAUUAAAAAGCUCUUUGUCUAUGUGUCGUAUAGACUCCAGAGAGCUUGUGUUCCUUUCUCUGAAAACCACUUCCUACAUUGUCCUGUUUUACUUUAGUAAUUUAAGGUGUUACAAAUAGAAUUGCAUGGAAGCUGUGUUUAAGUGAAAAAAAUUCAGACUAAAGGAAUAUUAGGAUAUUAUCGUCUAAAUGUUUCUUUUUGAGUCUGUUGCAUCGAGGCAUGAAAGUUUUAUAGUCUUUUACACAUUGGGGAUUUCGAACAUUUGUUGCAAUUUUAGACCUGCUGUUUUUUCUUUUAAUUAUGUUGCUGUUUAUUUUUAAACUGGUAUUGUGAGUUGUGCAGAUUUGUAUUUCUUUUCAGUUUUGUUUGAAGGGUGGAUAGAUUUGUUUAGCGGGGCCUGCAAAUUUUUUCUGUUUGAGAAAUUAUUUGUGUACAGUAUGAUGCAAUUUUUUUCUGUUUCUCGUUUAUGUGAUUCUUUUCAAUCUAACUUUAAUUAAACUGGCAAUCUAACUUUAAUUAAACUAAAUAUCAAUAUUGUGGCAGAUGUAUGAAACCAAAGACAGUUUUCUCUGUUCUUUGGACCUUUGAUUUUUUGUUAUUAAGAAAUAAAAGGUUUCUGUUGUGUACAGGAACCCUGCUCUUUGUUUGUGAGACGCUCGCCACUGAUGCUGAAUGUUGAGUCCUCUCGCUCACUGCCUCUACGUAUGUCUGUCUGUCUGAAAGAGAGGAAAAGUUCUGUGGUAGGAGGGAAAGCUGAUAUUUACUCUGUAUUUGAACUCAUAUUAGUUUCUUUGUUUUCCCUGUGGAUGUCUGUCUACAUACUUCCUUAUUGAGGGUGUCUUGUGGUUCCUUUUGGAAAUGGCAUUGAUGCUUCAAGGUGUAUUUGCAACAGUCUCUCAAUCGAGUCAUUGAAAAGUACUUCUGCCUAAAGGAUUGAAUAUGGCCUGCCUAUCUGUGCACUGUCUCACUGCUCGGAGUAAUCUUCCAGCAUGAAUGGCACUGUUGGCAGAGCUCGAUUUGCACGUCGAAGAUGAGUGGUUGUUAUUUGUUUUGUUUGGAAGAGCGGCGCAUGUCUGUCAUGCAUAAAGGGUUACAUAAGCUUACAAUGAAUGUCAUUUGGAAAUCCGAUUGUGUUCAAAAUCAACCCAAGGGCAAAUUAUUGUCAUUGAAAUCGCAGUGGACUUCGGAAUAAUAGGUCAAGAGAAGACACUGCGAAUAAUUUCAUUUUGAAGCAAGCAUUCCAGUUUGAAUGUGUCUGUUCCCUAGAGUGAUACUUUACUCGAAAAUACCACCUGAGAAUAAAACAGUGGAAGACUUAGAAAU